CGCCUGGGCCCGGCCGCAGCCCCUGCCUCCCGCCCUCGCGCCCUGCGUCCCUCCGCGGCCUGCAGCCUGCGGAGCCCGAGCUCCGAGGGCGCUUCCUCGGGCGCUGGGCCCGAGGCGGCCCAGACGGCGGGCCGGCCGGGCGCGGGGCGGCGGGCGCUGUGCUGCGGGCUGCGCUGGUGGGGGGCGGCGGGCCGCGGCGCGGGCCCAGUGCCCAGCGCGUGCGGCCGGGAGGCGCUCUGGGGGGCGGGCGCGCGGGCGGCGCCCGGGGCUAUGGCCCAGGUCGGCGGGAGCGCGCGGAGGAGGGCGCCGGCGCUGCUCGAGGCGGCCCGCGCGCGCUACAAGAGCCUGCACAUCUGGGACGACGUGUUCGGCGAGUCCGGCCCGGACAGCGGCGGGAACCCCUUCUACAGCACGUCCGGCGCCUCGCGCUCCUCCUUGGCCGCCUCCUCGGACGCCGAACACGAGCGCCCCGGCCCCCCGCUGCCUCCCGACGCCCCCCGAAGCGCAGGAGUCCGACGAGGACGAGGCCAGCACGGGUUGGAGUGCCACGCUGCGGGACCGCCCGCCCCUGCGCUUCGUGGACACUGGCGGAUCACUUGCUGAGAGCAGAGAAGAGUGAGAGGACCAGUUAUCAGCGUUAAGCUGUCUGCUCUCGCUCCAGAAGGCACUUGUGUGUUCUGCUUACCGACACGGUCAUGGUCAAGCCCCUGAUAUCUGGAGGUCGCAGGCCUGCUGGCUUUUGUGGCUGCUUGAAAUUCUCCUUUACUGCCUACUUUUUGGGAAGGUAGAUAACAUGACGUAAUGCAUAAAAUGCACAUGCGUGAGAGCUUUGAAAAAAAGCUGAAUAGUGCUGACAAGUUCGUGGAGAAAAGGGGAGAGGGCUUCAACUGGCAUGCAGCAUAAGAAAUCUACUGGAGGGUACCUUUUUCUUCCUUAUGUCCUGUUGUUUACACAUUAGUUCAUCUACUGCCCGAAUUCCUUCACUGACUGAUGACCUGAGACUCUUUAAAAGAAUAAAAAAUAAAACGUAUUACAGACAUUGUUUUGUCACAU